AUGGCACCGUCAUACCCCCAAACAGGGAAGCUUGCAUCUGCAGCGAGAACAAAGGGUAGCUUUGUUAAAAAGCCGCGAUCUCCCAAUUUGGGAGAUAACCUAAACACUGUGUCAUCGGAUGAUGACGAAGACCUGCCACAUAUUGGUAGGACCUCAGGGACAAACCCUGAGGAUCCCAAAAACUUACAUGGGGUAAAUGCAGGGAACAAUACCCUUAGAACCCCAUGUGCCAACAUGAUCUCUCCUAGAAAGAGAGAGUUCUCACCACUGGGUGAGGAGGCAAACAUGCGCACACAUAAGCGCGCGGCUGCCACACUAACAGCCUUAAGGGCUGGGUCAGACACGCCAAAAGAAGUCCCUGAGCCCCACUAUCCUCAGGGAACCUCCCACUUGGUGCAAGACACUGACAACAACAGCAGUAACUCCUGCUGGCGCAGGAGGCCAUUUGUGGCCCCAAGCAAUGUGGAAAAAUUGUCCACAUCGUCUCGAGUCACCCGCAUGACAUCCAGCUUGCAAGAUUGCAGCAAGCCGGUUCACUCCCAAGUCUAUUUGACUGGGAGUUACACAAAACCAUCAAACGAUAACUCCCACUGGCACAGGGAGCCGUUUUUGAUCCCAAAAAAUGUGGAAAAAUCUUUCACAUGUCCAGCAUCGUCUCGCAUUAAACGCAAGACGUCCAGAUUGCAAUAUAGCAGCAAUCUGGUUCACUCCCUAGUCUAUGCGACUGGGAGUUGUCAUAAACAACCAACUGACCAUUCCUGCUGGCGCAGGGAGCCGUUUGGAGUUCCAAAAAAUGUGGAAAAAUCGUCCACAUCUACGGAAUCGUCUCGCGUCAGCCGCGAGAUGCCCAGCUUGCGAUAUAGCAGCAAGCCAGUUCACUCCCCAGUCUAUGCGACUGGUAGUUGUGCAAAUCGAUCAAACGACAACUCCUGCCAGCACAGGGAGCCAUUUGUGAUCGCAAAAAAUGUGGAAAAAACUUCCACAUUGUCCACAUCGUCUCACAUUAACUGUGAGACGUCCAGCCCGCAAAAUCGCAGCAUGCUGGUUCACUCCCCAGUCUAUGUGACUGGGAAUUGUGCAAAACAAUCAAACAACAACUCCCGCUUGUGCAGGGAGCCAGUCCUGAGUGGAGGAAAUGUGAAAAAAACUUCCACACCACCGACACCAUCUCACAACCACUGUGAGACACUCAGCGCUCUGUCUGAGAACGAGUGUACACACUCCAACAUGGAUAUAAAGGCCAUGUCAUCCAGAUCGACACAGACUCACAGGUUGAGCUCACUUCCGGACUGUCCUCAGAUGGCCUCGGACCCAGCGUGGACACAGCAAAGGGACCAGGUGCAGGAGGAUGGGGAAGCUCCCCGAAGUCGAUUGUCCAAGAAACUUCUGGACUUUUUCCAGGUCCCAUCUGAAUGGAGGACAGGAAGUGAUGAACUCCUUCUCAGGCUAAAGGCCCAAAAAAUAAUAGGAGAAAAGGUCAAGGGCAGAUGCUCAGAGAGCACAGAGGCUCAGGGGAAGCCACUGCUGCCAAGGCUGAACCCAAAACUUUUGCCAAAAAAAGCGAAGUCACCAACUUCGGAUGAGGUCACCAAAGUCUGUAGGAGUGCAAUGUGGCAGAAGAAGGAGCCUAGUAAGGAGAACCCACAAAUGAGCGGGCAACCAUCAACACCAGGCCCCAUCUUAGGCGAUAAAUGGCCCUCCUCGGUCACUUCACCCAGGCAAAGGAUAAGUGGAAGUAACCUUCCGCAAAACCCCUCCAGUAAUGCUGGAGAGAACCAAACAAACCCUCAUGGGGACUUCACAAGGAAAACUUCCAGCAAAACAUUGCUGGAGGAUAACAGGCACCUCAAAAGAUGGUACCACAAGGCCACAUGGAUGGCCGAACUUCUAACUUUCACCCCGCACAUAGACAGGGUGAAGUGGGACUGGUUAAAUAAUGGUCCUACUCGACUCCCUGACACGAAGUGGUCAGGCAAAAAUGAUACAGAAAUUUUCUGGCAGUGGUACACCACACUGCUAGGAUCCCUCACAUCACAAGGAUAUAGAGGCGCACACUACGAUGAAAUCCAUCUGGAUUGUCUCAUUGGUGGAUUGGCAGAGCCUGCACUCUCACACGGACUAAAACUCCGUGAAGAAGCCCUCCUUAGAGAUAAAGGGGGGAAAUUUCUUGAAGUUCUCGAUACUCUAAUGAGGACAUAUAUCAAGGAGCCCGCCACAUUGAAGGUGACGGAAAAAUACUGCAAUGUAAAGUACAAUGCAGGAAAAGGACCCAGACAGUCCUACCCAGAACCAUUGCUUAAUGCUAGGUUUCUGGAAAACAUCCUCCCUGAAUGCAAGGAGGAAAUAAUCAAAAUGGGAUUCUCCUCUUUCGAGGAGAUGUUCAGAACAACAUCUCGCAUGGACGAGAUGAAAAACAGGCUGAGGAUAGCUCCAGCCUACAGGCCAGAAUGCUAUGCCAGACCUGAAACCACCGCGACCACAAAUCGUGAAAAGCCCAACCAGGCGGGAAAGGAGAAACACGCAGAGGCAAGAGCCAAUGUGCAAGACCCUAAACCCAAAUGGAAAGGCGAAUCCUCCCUGAAGCAGUCAGGGAACACCAACCAAAGGCCAGUACAAGCAAAGAGCUGCCCUGAGCACCAGUUAGUAGGAGACAGAAACCCAAGGCACAGGAUCGCCAGGGAAGUCGACUACAAAACAGAAGGUGAAGUUGGAGAUGGCUCCGACGAAGAAGAACCGGAGAAUAUCUCUGGUGAUUUCGAAGUGGAGGACACCUCCAAUGACUUUGAACCAGAGGACCCAAACAAGGGACCUCACUACUCACCCAGAAGAAAGGGCGAGGACAUUAGCGUUGGGACCACAAUAAUGGCCCCAAGAUCCAACGUCAUUGAAAACAAUGACGAAAAAAAUACACUAAAACUGGCGAUAAGCCAGACCAAAAAAAGAACUACCAACUCUUUGGUGAUGACACCAAAGAGGGACACCCCUGAGAAAAAAACCUCGGAGGGAGACCCACUGAAGGAGGACCCUUUGGGGGGGACCACCCCAGAGUCUCCAGAAGAAGACGAGCUCUGGGUGGAGUUUAUACUCGGCUGGCUAGCAGCCACAAUCUGCCCUCUCCCCAGUAGAAAUACUGGGCUGCAUCACGCACGAUUGGCCGACAAGGCCAAUCAGCCCUCCUCGUACCUGAAGGAGGACCAAGAAUUGGCAGAUAAGAUCAAGUAG